AUGGAUGAGAUCCACAGCGGUGACACCUCCCUAGUCCAGGGCGCCAGAGACAUCGCCAAGGAGGCCAAGCGCCAUGCCUCCAGAACGGUCGGCCGCAGUGUGGACCGCGCCUCCGACGAGUUCUCGCAGCACAACAACUACGACCGUUUCCAGGACGACGAGGCGAUGGACGACAACCGCCGGGCCUAUGCCCCAACCCCGUCCGGCCAGAGCGGCCGAGGCGGCGGCAACGAGGAAGACGAGGGGGCAUCCAGCGACGCCACGGAGGGACACGAUGAUGAGGACGAGAUCUACGAGGGGGAGUAUCAGGGCGUGCCCCCCGCAUACGGGGACGGGAAGCCCCGGGACGGGCGCGUGGCUCUGGGCCAGCCCGUACCUGAGAGCGCCAAAGACCGCAAGGAGCUGGAGAACGAGCGGCAGGCGGACGAGGAGGAGAUGGCCCAGCAGUACGAACUCAUCAUGCAGGAGUGCGGCCACGGGAGGUUCCAGUGGCAGCUCUUCUUCGUGCUGGGCCUCGCGCUCAUGUCGGACGGCGUGGAGGUGUUCGUGGUCGGUUUCGUGCUGCCCAGCGCCGAGACUGACAUGUGCGUGCCCAACUCUGGGGCCGGGUGGCUAGGUAGUAUCGUGUACUUGGGGAUGAUGCUGGGAGCAUUCUUCUGGGGCGGCCUGUCAGAUAAGCUUGGCCGCAAGCAGUGCCUAUUAAUCGCCAUGUCUGUGAAUGGUUUCUUCGCCUUCCUGUCCUCCUUCGUCCAGGGCUACAGCAUGUUCCUGCUCUGUCGCAUGGUCUCAGGCUUUGGCAUCGGUGGCGCGGUGCCCAUCGUGUUCUCCUACUUUGCCGAGGUACUGGCUCGGGAGAAGAGGGGCGAGCACCUGAGCUGGCUCUGCAUGUUCUGGAUGAUAGGGGGGAUCUACGCCUCGGCCAUGGCCUGGGCCAUCAUCCCCCACUACGGGUGGAGUUUCAGCAUGGGUUCAGCCUACCAGUUCCACAGCUGGAGGGUGUUCGUUGUGGUGUGCGCUCUGCCCUGCGUCUCUGCUGUGGUGGCCCUCACUUUCAUGCCCGAGAGCCCACGUUUCUUCCUACAGAACGGCAAACACGACGAGGCCUGGAUGGUGCUCAAGCACAUCCACGACACCAACAUGCGCGCCCGCGGAGAGCCUGAGCGAGUGUUCACUGUGAACAGGAUCAAGGUCCCUAGGCAGCUGGACGAGCUGGUGGAGAUGCAGAGCGAGACGGCCAACCCUGUGGCCAAGGCCUUCAUGAAGGUUCGGGCCGAGAUCAGAGGACUGUGGAUGACCUUCAUGAGGUGCUUCAGUUACCCGGUGAGGGACAACACAGUGAAGCUGGCCGUUGUGUGGUUCACCCUGUCCUUUGGGUAUUAUGGACUGUCGGUGUGGUUCCCUGACGUCAUCAAACACCUCCAGGCGGAUGAGUAUGCCUCCAGGGUGAAGAUCCACAACGGAGAACGUACCGAGGACUUUACCUUCAACUUCACCCUGGAGAACCAGAUCCACAGGAACGGAGUGUUUCAAAAUGACAGGUUCAUCGCCAUGAGGUUCAAGGCGGUGACCUUCAUCGACUGUACCUUCGACAACUGUUACUUUGAAGACGUCUCCUCCGUCGGCACCUCCUUCAAGAACUGCACCUUUAUAGAAUCCUUCUUUUAUAACACUGACAUCGAUGACUCCAAGCUCACCAACUCCCGUGUGAUCACCAGCUCCUUCCACCACAACAAGACGGGCUGCCAGAUGACGUUUGACGAUGACUACAGCGCCUACUGGGUCUACUUUGUAAACUUCCUGGGAACUCUGGCCGUGUUGCCUGGCAACAUCGUCUCUGCGCUGCUCAUGGACAAGAUUGGACGCCUCAGCAUGCUGGGGGGAUCCAUGGUGCUGUCAGGUAUCAGCUGUUUCUUCCUUUGGUUCGGCACCAGCGAGUCCAUGAUGAUUUUCAUGCUCUGUCUCUACAACGGACUCAGCAUCUCAGCGUGGAACUCUCUGGACGUCGUCACGGCGGAGAUCUACCCCACUGACAGGAGGGGAACUGGCUUCGGGUUCUGUAACGCCAUGUGCAAGCUGGCGGCGGUGCUGGGGAACCUGAUCUUCGGCUCCCUGGUGGGCGUUAGCAAGGCGGUGCCCAUCCUGCUGGCCUCGGCCGUGCUGGUGACCGGGGGCCUGGUGGGCCUCAGGCUCCCCGACACACGCGCCAAUGUCCUCAUGUGAAGGGGGGCGGUUGAUCUUGAAAUGGA